GUGUUGAACAGUGCAUUUUCAAAUGGCGAACGAGAGUUAGCAUACCAACAAAAUAUAUCCAGAAAUUUUUGUUUGACGCUUCUAAGUGAACCUAUAUAUAGAUAUUUUGAUUCAACAUUUUUAGAAAAAAAUCACCGAUUUUCUACCGAGAUUUAGCUUCUUGUACAUUUAGUGACGUCUUUUGUUUGCAAUUCUUUUUUCUUCAUCACGCGAUUUUCCAUCCGAGUUUUUAUUACCAUUUGCAUUCACUCAAGUGUUUAUUAGAUGAAGUUAAUAUAUUCAGAGACAGAAUUUUUUUUAUGCCUUAUCAAUUACCAAACAGACUUGAACCACAAAAAAGUGCCUACUCUAAGUGCGUGAUUCGCAACAUAUUUUCGAUGUGUUGUUGUUGAAUGUUUUUUUUUUUGUCAAUAUAUUUUUACCAAAGUGUCUAAAAGUAAAUUGUGAUUACACACUUUUUUCCGACAAUAUUUCACUUGAACCGAAUUUUCUCGAGCAAUUUCGCAACUUUUAUAAUAAAAUACUGAAGCCAAACAUUUAACAGCCGAAAAAAAGAAAUCGAAGCCGACGACAGAACAAAAAUAUGUUAAAUUAGUGCCUAAAUUAAGACCGUUUCUAUAUUUUGUGUAACGUCAUUUACUCCAGGAAGAACGAAUGCACGAUCAGUAAAUUGAUCGUUUAAAAAAAAAAAACUAUAAAAUGAUGAAAAUACUAAACUAGACAGAGCCGUGGAGACAGACAAUUUACAAUCAAAAUUAAUGAAUUAUUGAACGAAAAGAGCAACUGAUACACACACGAAGGGAGCAAACCCAAGUAAUAAAUUUAUAUUUAGUUACAAUUAACUAGUGCUGAAUUUAUACGAUUUUAAUCAAUUUUAAUGAAAAUAAAUGGACACAAGCAAUCGUUUAUGUUGAUCAGCAUCGCAAUGAAUUGUACAAAUAUUAAAUAUAUUAACAUGUUGGUAUAGUUACGGAACCAAUUUUUCUCUAUUCUUUCGCAAAAAAUACGACGAGCGCUCAAAAAAGACAAGAAAAAACAUAAACUUUAGAUUUUUUUUAAAACAAAAAAAGUGAACAGUACAACUAUCGAUCUGUUGGUAUCAUUAACAUACAAGUUAUAUAUAUACAUUCAAUCGAUAAAAAAAAUUAAAUUCAAAAUAAAUUACAACCAUGGAUGUUUGGAUGCAAGAUGUGAUCCCUAUGAUGGCAGAGACACCGACUCAUGCUCACGCUCAUAUAAAGCAAGAAAUUGAUACUACAUGCUGUAGUCCAUCGCCGUCGAACGGCAAUUUCAAUGCGCAAGGUUUCAUAUUCAACAAUUCUGCUUCAGCAAAUACGAUGGAUUACAAAUGUACACCCAUCAAUAAUAACACGAACAAAAACUCGCCAGCAUCACCGGAACGUCAAUUUUGCUCAUCAACCACACCAUUGGGUGAUGAAAAAUUUCCGGUAUGUCAAUCGGAUCAAAAUGAUUCGAACAAGGAAGAACUACCACGUCGCCUUUGUUUAGUGUGUGGUGAUGUUGCAUCCGGAUUUCAUUAUGGAGUUGCGUCAUGUGAAGCAUGCAAAGCAUUUUUCAAGCGGACCAUUCAAGGCAACAUUGAGUAUACUUGCCCGGCCAAUCAAGAGUGUGAGAUAAAUAAGCGUCGUCGCAAAGCGUGUCAAGCAUGCCGUUUCCAAAAAUGUUUGCUGAUGGGCAUGUUGAAAGAAGGUGUACGUUUGGAUCGUGUACGUGGCGGUCGUCAAAAGUAUCGUCGCAAUCCAAAUGCGAAUCCGUAUCAAAUGCAAAUUUUCCCAUCGAAUACAAGCAUGCCGCCCACAUCAUUGGAAGACAUUAAAAUUUUGGAGAUUCUAACCCUAUGCGAACCAGAUCUAUUGAACGUUGUUCCACCAAGCAUUGAUAUGCUUAUGUAUAACAAAAAUCUAUCAAGGGAUAAUAUCAGCACUACCGGCAGUAACAGCAGCGAUUGUGGCAGUUCCAAUGAGAAAGAUGCAGACGAUAAAAGUGAUAUUUUUAUGGAUAUGGAACAUCGCAUCGAAACAGAGAUUCAGGAUAUGCUCAGUGUUUUAAGUGAUAUUUACGAUAGAGAAUUAGUUAGUGUGAUCGGCUGGGCGAAACAAAUUCCAGGAUUCAUUGAACUUCCAUUAAAUGAUCAAAUGAAACUGCUUCAAAUGACAUGGGCUGAGCUGUUAACACUUCAAUUGGCUUAUCGUUCAAUACCGUUUACUGGUAAGCUGGUAUUUGCUAAAGAUUUUUGGCUUGAUGAACGAACAGCCAAAGUUUGCGGAGCAAGCGAAUUGUACAAUCAUUGCGCUCAAAUAGCCCAACAAUUGGAACGUCUGUCACCGAGAAAAGAAGAGUAUUUUCUACUAAAAGCAUUGAUUUUAUCAAAUUGUGAAAAGAUACUGGAUAAUCCGACCGCUUUGAUCAAAUUUCGUGAUUCCAUUUUAAGUUCAUUGAAUGAGUGCGUUUAUUUGCUGAGGCAAAAUGGAGCCGUGUCACAGCAACAGCAUUUACUGCUUAUCUUGCCAUCGAUUCGACAAGCUGAGCAAAUUGUGCGAAAAUUUUGGAUUGAUGUCUAUCGCAGUGGAAAUAUAAAUAUGAAAAAAUUGUUCGUUGAAAUGCUUGAAUCCGUUUCCAAAUAGCAUCAAUACAACAAUCACCUCAAUCAACUUAUUUAUAAAAAUGCUAUUUAAAGCUGAAUUGGAUGGAAUUCACAAGCCAUUCUUUGCUGUAAAAGCCGUAAGGAAAACAAAUCAUCAGCAUGUUUUAAAUGAAAAUCGGUUUUAUUACAUCCCAAUUCGUUAGCACACACAAACACACAUACACAAACAUAAAAUGGAUUUUUCACAAAGAGAGUGCACAAUCUAAUUAAUAACUAUGAGUACAAGUAGCUUUACAAAAAUUGUAAACCGCCCAGAUACACAUUCAGAAUAGUAGCAAUUUUAAUGAAAGUAACAGAAGAAAAAAACGAGUAAAAAUUUAAUCAAUUUCAACCAGUUUACCAUAAUCCAUGCCAAUAGAAGGACAAACUAAAACCUACGUAAUCAAAUUACGAUAUAUGAAAUGGAUGUUUUUUGUGUGGUCAGAAAGAGUGAAUGAAUGCGAAUGAGAACCAACACGGGUCAAACAAUCAAAGAAUGCAACGUCGCAUCAAACCUAAUCAAUCGUUUUAUUAAAUCGAGAGAAACAAAAAAAAGAAGAAAAGAGAAGCAAAAUCAGUUUAAAAAACGAAAUCAUUAAAACCUUUCAAUUAUACAUUUUAUUACUAUAUGUGUAUUUAUAAAUAUAAUAUGAUAUUAUAUUCGUAAGCAAUCAUCGGAAAUUUAUUGUUCCUACCAUUUUUUCCAUU